AUGCUGGGCUUCUUCUCCGCCGACUGUUCGGACCAUUAUUCCGCCGACCGGUCUCCGAAGAAGUCUCCCGAGAUAGUCCUAGGGUCUUGGCCUCUGCCGAGCGUUCUCGGUGGCUACCGCUCUCGCACCCGUCUCUCCUCGCCGAAGCUGGGCUCAAGCGUCUUGGGCUCAGCUUAUAGAUCUUUGAAGCAUGAAAGUACUGGUUUUACUCCUUCUGAAUUAUGUCAAGGUAGAAAGUUAAGGUUACCUUUAGAUCUUCUUCGUGGACGUCCUCCAGAAGAAAAUUCACAAUCGGAGAGAGGAUACGUCUUUAAACUUAGAGAAAAAUUAGUUUCAAUUCGUGAUGUUGUCAGACAGCGUUUGGGAAUCAAAUCUCAAAAAUUGAAGUUGUGGUAUGAUCAAAAAGAUAAGCGUUUGUCUUUCGAACCAGCGGUACAGUUUGUUUUAACGUCCACGUUUUUUACCUUUAAUAAUAAGAUAUACAAACAAACGUUCGGUGUCCCUAUGGGCUCACCCUUGUCACCGGUAAUUGCAGACAUAGUGAUGCAAGAUCUGGAGUCCAAGGUUCUGAAUAACAUAAAUGUGAUUCUACCAUUUUACGUACGCUACGUGGACGAUAUCGCUUUGGCAGCACCCACCGAAGUGGUUGAUAAUAUCCUAAAUGAAUUUAACGGAUACCAUAACCGCUUACAGUUCACUAUCGAACGUGAAACGAAUCGCAGCCUCAAUUUUUUAGAUACCGUAAUUAAAGUCGACAACAACACCCUACAUAGUGACUGA